CGAUUCUGCCAUGAAGACCAUUGGUGUUGUGUGCGUGCUGUUGGGCGUGGCCGCCGCCCUCCCCGGCCUCCGUCUGCGCCGUGACUCCUCGGCCCUCUUCUACGAGCUGCCCUCCAACGCCUCCCUCAUCCUGGGCGGCAUCCAGACCGGCUUCGAGUGCGGCGACCUGCCCUACGGCUACUACGCCGACGAGGCCAACAACUGCGCCGUCUUCCACGUGUGUCUGCCCUACAUCGACAACGACCUCUACAUCACCCGCCACUUCUCCUUCAUGUGCGGCGCAGGCACCAUGUUCGACCAGGAGCGCCUCGUGUGCGACUUCCCCGAGAGCGCCCUUCCCUGCUCCGAGGCCGCCGCCUUCAGGAGGUCCAACGAGUACUUCGGCCGCGAGGACGUCAACUUCCUCGAGAAGUAAAGGUCUUGGCCACACUCCUUUAGAGCAAGGAACAUCACAGUACAAAGGUCUUUCCGACUUUUAUUCUUAUGUAAUUUCUUAAUUAGAAUAAAACGACGUUCUUUUUU